GGGAGAGCAGCUCCUCCUGCCUCACCGGCCAACAAAGCAGAUCUCCAUUUCCUCACCUCCUUUGCGGGAUCCUUGUUCCCUCCCAUUACCAGGCUCCCCUGGCAGUGCAGCCCCACAGCGGGGCUGUCACGAAGGGAGCCGGCGUGUCACACCGGCACACGGGGACAGGUCCGGUGCAGCCCCACGCCACGGGCUGGCCCCCUGCCCGACCCCAGCACCCCGCCACCCACGAGCAGGGAGUAACUGUGACCCCCCUCUCCAAACCCCCCACCCAGCCGUGCCCCUUCUCCCUCCAGUCCUUUGCAAAGCUUUGGCAAGGGGCACUCAGCAUCCCAGCCGCCUGCUCCCACUUGGGCAGCAACCAGAGCAAUUAGCAGCUGCCAACCAGCACCUGCCAUUGCGAUGCUAAUCAGAUAAAUGAGCUGGAGGUGAGCUGAGCCUGUGAGCAGGGCUGGGUCUGCAGCUCAGGCUGGUGAAUUUGGGGCGUGUGCUGCCAUGGAGCCUCAGGCGGCCAAAGCUGCUGGCACAGCCCAGCUCCCCGGUCUGCUGGCUCGGCAGCCCCGGCACCCCCCAACCCUGCACAUGGUCAUGGAGGCACUGCGGGCGCAGGACGAGAGGAAGGGCACCUCUGUUGUUGCCAUCAAGAGGUUCAUCCUGGCCAAGUACCCCAGUGUGGACCCCAUCCGCCUCAAGUACCUGUUGAAGCAGGCGCUGAGCAAGGGGCUGAGCCGCGGGGACCUGGUGCGGCCCCACAACUCCAACGCCGUGGGGGCCACCGGCCGCUUCAAGUUAGCCCCUGAGAAGCUGCGGCAGAAGCAGCCCCCCGGCAAGGCAGAUCCUGACGGAGAGCAGCCCCUGAAGGCAGCACGGAAAGGGACCACCAAGCCCCCCCGAGCUCCUGCAGUGGGUGCACAGCAGCGAGGCGCCACCAAGGAGAAGCCGACGGCAGCGGAGCAGAAGCCGAAGCCCGUGGCCGUGCAGCCGCCAGCAGCAGCCAAGCCCAGGAGCGAUGGAGCGAAGCCCCUGCAAGCUGCUGGCCGCCCCCGGGCCCCCGGCAAAGGGCGUUCAGGGCCUUCCAAGGCUCCAGCUGCUGAGGAUGCAGGAGUGGGCCAUGGCGACAACCCCAUGGGUGCUCGGGCAAAGGGGGCCCAAAAGGCUCCAGCAGGAAAGAGCAAGGGGAAGGUGCCCAAGGAGGCACAGCAAGAUGGGCCCAAGGAGAAGGGGGUGAAGGGCAAGGCAAGGAAGCCCCGGGUGACGGCAGGAGCCGGACAGGGAGGGGCCAGGCCGCGGAAGGCAGCCCCCCGUCCUGCAGACAAGAGGGAUCUGUAGGGUCUCAGACAGCCCCGCUGCCCGUGGGACCCCAGCUGGGUCCGGGCCCUCAGGAUUUGGGUUGGUUUUAGUCCCCAGGACAGUUUUAACUCAUGUUCACCUAUUAAUAAAGCUUGUUCACUCCCCU